ACCAAGGCUAUUCACUCAGUGUUAGUAGCAGCAACGUUGGUUGGAAAUGUUUUGGUCUGUCUUGCUAUCCUGAGGAACAAAGUUUUACAGACCCCAGUGAACUAUCUGCUUAUGAAUCUUGCCAUUGCCGAUAUGAUGAUUGUGAUUUCAUUCACGCCAAGGCAUAUCCUCGAAGGACUUUACCAUCAUCCGCGUGGAUUGGUAGGAGAAAUAUUAUGUAAAACAAUAACGUCGGAUACAUUUACCUGGGUUGGAGGUGUAGCUUCGGCGAUAAGCUUGGUAGUGAUGGCAUACGAGCGGUUUGCAGCGAUUACAGCCCAAUUCGGAAGGCUAGCUACUUUUAAUCAUCGAAAAUUGAGGAUCGUGGUCGUCUUUUGCUGGACUGCUGCGAUAAUAUUCAACGUUCCAUUAUUUUGCGUAAGACAUCUUAACAGCGAGCGUGGAUUCUGUGAGAGCCAUUGGCCAAGUGUAAAAUUUGCACUAGGUAAUAAUUUUGCCUGGUUGAUCUUAAUUGGAAUAGUUCCGUUCAGCCUCAUGACAUUUUUCUACGGGAAGGUGGUGAUGCACAUAAGGAGAGAGGUUGUACCUAGACAACAUUUAUCAGUACCCAUGAUCAAAUCCAGAAAGAAAGUCACCAAGAUGCUCAUGACAGUAACAGCUAUAUACGGGAUCUGCUGGAUCCCUAACUUAAUUCUUUAUGUUGUUUGGUACUUUGCUUCGGAAGAAGAUGUCAUGUAUACUAUAAAUAAGGUUUUUUUAGUUUUAAUAUUGGUAAAUUCAUGUGCCAAUCCUAUUGUUUACGCUCUACAGAGUAGAUUAUUCAGAAAGCACAUGGUAAAUAUUUUCUGCUUGUGCAAAAGGCGUUUUGGAAAUCGACAGGAUUUUUGUAUAGCUCUCAAAAAAUGGGAAGAAAACACAAGUUCAUCGAACCCAAAACCUAUCCGCCUCGUGCAACGUGGGGACGAAGUAAGGGUGUUGAAAUUUCCUAGUUAGAGGCAUUGUGAUAAGUUGACAUUGUUGUAAAAGUUGUGUCCGUGGGUCGCUAUAAAUCGGUCCUCGUUUGCAUAUUUUCCUUCGUCUGAGUAAACAAAGUAGAAAGCAUUUUGUUUUUUAAAAUUCUGACUCUUUAUUUAUUCACGUAACAGGACGAAGAAACAGAAAUAUUUUACACCCACUCAAGAUGCUACAGCAAGUUUUCAAUGUCCUAGUGUUUGUCAUAUAACACAUACCACAUAGGCCCAAGAAUUAAAUGAAUACCUGUUUGCAUUUUGCGUUUUGCAAAUUUUGAAUAACGCAUUAGUUAACUAAUAAAGAGCCAAACGAAAUCUUACUUUAAGCACAUUUAAUAUUCUGCUUUCCUUUGAUGCUCAAUUUACAAGUAGUAAUGUCUAAACAUAAUUGAAAUAUUAGUAAGUUUAAAGUCAAAAGAAAACCAGACCCGGCUGAGGAAGCUACUGUGAUGAAAUAAAAUCCGCAAUUUAGACUGGGAAGCCAUAUAAUCAUUAUAACAUAACAAUGCGGAAUUUUUAAUACUUCAGUCCUUUUUACAUCAAUUUUUUUUAGUUGUGUGGAAUUUUAACUGAUUUGAUACGGCGUUUUUGAAUUACAUAAAUGUGGUUCCUUUUUAUGUUAACGUUUGGUGUAUAGGCGCAAUGAUUUGAUUCAUAAAUAAUCAUAACUACAUUGCAAGUUAAAAAAUUAUAUAUGUUGAUAAUAAAAAUGUAACAUAUCAACCCGCUACCACGGGACAAGGCAAAAUGCGAAAUGAAGUCAGUUGAGUAAAACGUUUGCCUGAAUGACAAAAAGGAGAUGCGCUUGUCUUUUCUGUACAUGAAACAGUCGACAGAUUCCAAUGAAAACUGCAAAGCAGGUUCAAAGUCCGACCGAGGUAUCAGCGUUUAGUAGAAAUAAAAACUAAUUUAAAAAACAUUGUAAAAUGACAUUACUUUUUUAUCAGCAGGAGGUACCAUAAAUUAAACGAAACCCUAAAAUCUACUUAAGGUGGAAUAAUUCGCAUGGGAUGAAAUUAUUAAAAGAUAAGGUAAUGAUAUAUCCUCUCAGAUAACAUCGAUAUAUGAAUAACGCCAUAAAAUAACACUUUUACUUACUUCCGAUCAUUUCUAUUUUUUACUGGCAAGCUCUGGUUCGCCGAACCCAUAUCACAUAACAAUGCAAAUGACUAAUAAUGUAAUUCGCCACUGCCACCUUCAAUCGCUUUUAGUUUUUCAGCUGUGUUUAGGAAAAUAAAUUUCAUCAAAACAACAAUUAAGUUUACUUCAGGUCCAACCUAAAACACCCUUUAUAUUAAUUUAUAAGAAAGCUCAAAAAUAGGAAUUCAGGGUACUAUACUGAUAGAUCGUUUCUAUCUAGUGUUUAAAAUCUAGUUUUAACUAGCGCGUAAGUAUUAACAACACAGGCAGAAUCAGGAAGAUGAUGAAUCAUCGCGUUUUGUUUGGAAUAUUUUACAGCAAAAGGCGCUACCUAGCAAUAUCUUACUCCGUCUCCGUAUGUUACUUACGCUUAUGGGCAAGAAAAACCAGCCUCAACAGCGCAGCUGGUCACACAGUUCUACGAAAAAAUAACUACCUGUUAUGGUCUCUUGCACGGACUGAGUAGAUUUAUUGUAACAAACAAUGACGCAAGUACACUGCUCACAGUUAGAAGACUUGCACUCACAAAUUUCCGUGGCAAAUGAAAGUACGCAAGAUUCAGGAAAUGACGAUCUACGCCGCAGAAAGGUUUCGUCCUAUUUUACGGUUAAUGAAACUAACUGGAGAGUUCUAUGGGGAUGUUACAAUGGACGAGAUUUUACAAGAAGAUUUGAGCGUCUUUUCUCGUUUUUACUGUGGGUUGGUACUUCUAGGUCAAUGGUUUAUCGUCGUGCAGGCUGUGACGAGUCUAUUCUUUGAAGGCGUAGCUCAGAUGAACACGUUUUUCUUCUUAUUGACCUUUAGCAUUUGGUAUCUGCAGUCUGCAAUAGUUAACACAAUCUGUCUUUUCAUUUUACCCAAAGGUCAGAAAAAGCCAUCUCGUCUUGGGCAGUUUCUUGGUAACUUACUCGCAACAACAUCUGAUGGAGGGAUAAAUACAUGUAAUAUGUAUAAAGUGUAUUCAUUACUAGCCUUGGCGUGUAACUUUGCACUCUUCAACACUGUUUGCCUUACGCUACUAGAUCUUUACCGAAAUAGCUCGAUAGGCCGUUUUCGACCAUGGAAUGGUUUAUUGGUAUAUCGCUUGAGUCACUUGAUAUUUUGUGCUUUUGAUGCUUUUGCAUGGGCUCUACCAUAUACACUGUUUUAUGUCUCAUGCAAAUUGCUGGUCGGUCUAUUUGAGAAUUUGGAGAAUAAAAUAACAGCAGGUA